GAGAUGAGCAGUGAAGAUAGCUGCAGAGCAACAGAGACACUCCGUCUCCUGGCUGAGACAUGCUCCAUCGCUGUCGAAACACUACAACAGCCACCGUCCACUAUUUCCUCCCCUGCUGCGACACCCGCCUGUUCCGUUCUACAUAAAGAUUUUUUGUCCCUCCUCACGUUGGUCUACACAUCCACGACGAAGGUCGCGCUCGCAUUUCGACCACAAGAACCUGCAUACAAGGCCGCACUCGCGCCUCUUCGAGAUCUAGCGGGCAAUGUUACUGCACUGACUUCCUGUGCAACGCUCUUCGACGCCCAUGGUGCGACGCUCGCGGAGGAAGCACGAAUGGUGGUGAAGGGCGUUCUUGAGGCGGUAAGUGCGUUCGCGUCCGGCUUCCUGGAUGGCAGCGACUACCUAGUACGCACGGGCGCGGUGCAUGACUUGGUCGACAAGGCAAAACGAGGCUUCCCCACCGACAACCGUGCUGCCAUCCGGAGUCGAUGGAUCUCUGACAGAGGGAUGCUAGAGGACUCGCUAGCGGAGGUGAUGAGCAUGAUUGAAGAUAACGAAGACAUGGACCGCGAUGGCGAUGAGGAUGAAGAGUUCGAUAACGAUGAGUGGGAUGAGCUCGGACUAGGUUCUAGCAAGAAGAUGUCCGAAGUUGAGCUGGAUCACGUAAAGAAGAUCCAACCUCUACUUCGCUUCACAACUCUCCUACACAAGCGCGUCCAAAUUGAUGUUCUCUCCAACAUUCCCAUGGCCACAUCUCCUAAUUGUCUUGCACCCCUUGAUGCCCUCCCCGCUCACUCGCACGCCCUCCUUGUGGCUUCUGAGGAAGUUAUCGCGUCAUUGUAUGCACCGCCGGACCCGUCUUCUAUCGCUUCUGCAAUCUCGCCCUUAGCUGAAUCGGUCCGAGACUUGCAUGCAACACUGCUCGGUGGAGAGCUUCUUCCACCACGACGUGCGGAUGAUCAAGAUGUGGAUGCGCUAACGCGGGACGUGGCGUCUAUGACAGUCGGUGCGGGAGGUGCGUCGAGAUCGGCGAAGCAGGAGAGGGACGUGCGCAAGUGGUUCGAUACAUGUUUCAAACAGAUCGAAAUACUGUCUGCAAGUAUAGGCGAUACACUAGCCCUUGAGGUUAUGAAUGCAAGAUGAUGGUGCACGCUGCCCUUCUACGUCUACCACACACG